GAUGCUGCUGCCGGAGCUGCUGCUACUCGGCUUGGCCGUCUCCCUGGCGGACAGCUACGACCGCACUGUCAACUACUGGGAGGCCUUUGCGCCGGGCAAGCUGCUCCAGCGUCUGGAUGCCCUAACCGCCACGGAUGUGGUGGAUCACUCGAAGGCAGUCAAGCUGCCGGAGAUGAUGCAGCCCGUGGUCCAGGCGCAGGCGCAAGCCAAGGCGGACGAGGAUGUGGAUGUGGAGCCGUCGAACGAUGAUGGGGAUGUGGAGCCGUCGAACGAUGAUGUGGAUGUGGAGCCGUCGAACGAUGAUGUGGAUGUGGAGCCGUCGGACGAUGAUGUGGAUGUGGAGCCGUCGGACGAUUAUGUGGAUGUGGAGCCGUCGGACGACGAUGUGGACAACCUGAGUGCGGAGACCAGUCACGAGGGGUAUUCCGGCGAGGACUACGAGCGCAACUACGAGCAGUUCGUCCAGGAGUACUUCGACAGGGCUGCCGACAAGGACAACCACGACAACGACGAUAAUGAUGAUGAGCUGGAGGAGGAAACCCAGGCGGAGGCCAGCAAUGUCAAGGAUCAGCGCUGCAGGCGGGUCAGGCGCAAGGAUGGCCAGCUGUGCGAGAUCUGUCGGCAAUUGAAAAACAACGCGGUUUCGGAGACAUGCAGCUAUUCCCAUGAUGACCAGCCGGAGCAGUAUGCCUUUGGCAGUGGCACCCAGUACAAGCGAUACCGCCACGAUCCAGCAGAGGAAAAGGAAAAGGGCAAGGGCAAGGGCACGGAGGAGCAGGUGGCGCCCAGCAGCCUGUGCGUGCGACGUCAGCAGGACAAUAGCGUGUGCUACGCUUGCAAGGACAGCAAGGGUCAGAAGAUCGAGCGCUGCUACGAUGUGGAGGCCAGGAAGGCCAAGACCAGAAAGAAAAAGGCCUCCUCCUCCUCCUCAUCAUCAUCCUCAUCCUCGCCUUCCAAAAAACGAAAGCCGCGCUCCCAGCAAUCCCAGCAGUCGGAGCAGGAGCAGCGCAUCUACAAGCGCACCAUUAGCUACAGCUAUGCCCAGGGCACGGAUCGGGAUCAGGAUCAGGAUCGGCAGGGGGAUCAGCAGGAGGAGCAGCCUCCGGAUGGGACAACACACCUCCCGCCAGUGCCACGUCAACGUCGCCGGCGGCUGGUGAAGAUUACGCGCCGACGCGGCCCUGUUCCCGUCCAAUGAUCUUCGUUUUGUUUUGUUUUUCUAUCGCCCAAACUCAUUGUAUUCCCCACUCGCUAGCUUAAACUAAUUAUUACACACAUUUUUUUGUUACAAUAAAACAUUUUAUAAGAUCA